AUGCGUUCCAUCACCGAGCUCCAUAAAAUCGUCGACAGAGCGAUGGUCGCCAAAAACGUCUUUGAGCUACGCCCAGACUACCUCGCUCUCCUGAUAGCAGUCGACGGCAUCACACCGUCUCCCAGCGAUUCUUCCUCUGACCAGCUUCUCCAAUCCGCCGAAUCUGCGGCCAAAGACCGCGUUUCCUCUAGCGUCGUCACCGAAAUCCCGGCCAUCAAAGCCUGGCGCGACACUUAUAAAUCCUUUGGCGCCAAACCCAAGAAAUACCAGAGUUCGAUCGAGGCAUUGACGAGACGAGCUGUUGCAGGGNGAUUACCGAGAGUGAACAGGUUAACAGAUAUUUACAACUCUAUUUCUGUGCAGCACAAUAUCUGUCUCGGCGGCGAGGAUCUAGAUGCCUAUCAAGGCCAUCCGCGCCUGAUCCUUGCCACUGGAGACGAGAAAUUCGAGACUAAAGCCGGAGACGAAAGACCAGAAAAGGGAGAAGUGGUUUGGUGUGAUGAAGGUGGCGUUACGUGUAGGAAUUGGAAUUGGAGACAGUGUGUCAGAACACAGUUGAAGGAGGAGACGGGGGCUGCGUUGUUUAUCUUGGAUGCGUUGAGUCCGGUGGAUAGAGGGAUGUUGGAGAUUGCUGGGGAGGAACUGGUAAAGAGGUUGAGGGAGNGGAGUGAGGGGUUGGUUGUUGCGAAGAGGGUUAUUGGUGUUGAGGAUGGUGUGGAUGUUUGA